AUGUUCGUAGUGCAAUGUGCACUAAUUAUUGUAGCCAUUUGGAAGCUAAUAGAUGGUACUUCAAUUCAAACUUGGGAUCGAAGAUUUGGAAGUGAGGUUCAUCUUUUGAAGAAUGGCAAGAAUAACGUCUAUGAUCGUCGAACUCAACGUCUCAUUGAUACUAUUAAACAAAAAUUGCAAUUCAAUGAAAGGCUUUUGAUACUUUUUUGCUUUAGACGAUGUUAUCCUACACAGUCGCAGAUCCCGCGAUGGAUUCGCGAAUUCUCAAAUCAGAAUAAUCUGACAGCAAAGCAAGAAUACUUCACUUAUCAAUUUUACGAUAAUCGCCGGAAUAGUCCUAUCUUCAACGAUCGAUCAAUUCAUAAUGGUUCAAAACCUCAUUUGGUUUAUGCUAUUGAUGGGCAGUUAUUUCGCUAUGACGGUGACGUAAACGAUAAAGAAGAAUUUUUCUCAUUCCUUGGAUCUCAUGAAUUACUUAAUGUUCAAACUGUAAGCACCUGGGAGCAUUUGGAAUCAAUUAUAAACACAGCACAGUUAUGUCAUGGCGAAAAGCAGGUUUUACAAAUAGUUGAUAGUAGUCGAUGUCCGAUGAACCACUAUGAACUUGUUGUUCGCGCAUUCGAUGGUGUUGCCAAUUACAGUUUCUAUGAAAUAGUGAUGCCACUUACCAUUGAAAUGCAAAUUGAACUAUACACUCGUCUUCCGGAACUGCCAUCUGUUUGUCAGCUAAUUUUACUCCUUCAAAAUGACGGUUAUCUUUGGAUGUCUGCAGACGUUGAUCUUCAUGAGCUUAUCAUCGCAGUGGAAAGUUUACAAAACGUGGAAUGUAUUCGUGGAUCAUCCGGUAGUUGGUACCCAAUUCGGGAAGAACUGACAGCUAUAGAAAGAGAUUAUCUUCGUGAAAAUGAGCAGUCAUUAAUAUUGAAAUCGGAUCCACACUAUAUUGUCGUUGGUGCUACUGGUGGUAUUGCCGUUGUUGUGCUUGCAAUAAGCAUUUUUUGGGGACUUAGUGGGUCCACUUUUGCUCAAAAUUAA